GUGUGGGAGGCCGGGUCGCAGCCGGAGCGCUGGGCGCCGCUGUCGAGAAAAUUGCCGGUUUGGUUGGAACCAACUGUUGCUCGGGCCGCAGCUCGGUAAUGACAGGAGGAGCUGGCCCUGCCCGUCGGGGCCGGGGUCCGAGGGGCGGCGCCGGGAGGCCCCGCGGCGGGUAAUCAUUACCAAAUGAGGAGGAAAGGACGAUGCCAUCGAGGCUCUGCAGCGAGACACCCCUCCUCCCCGUGCAGUGUUAAACACUCCCCCACGCGAGAGACGCUCACGUACGCGCAGGCUCAGAGGAUGGUCGAGAUAGAGAUUGAAGGGCGUUUGCACAGGAUCAGUAUUUUUGAUCCCCUGGAGAUCAUAUUAGAAGAUGACCUCACCGCGCAGGAGAUGAGUGAGUGCAACAGCAACAAGGAGAACCGGGAGAGGCCGCCUGUUUGCUUAAGAACUAAGCGUCACAAAAACAACAGAGUCAAGAAGAAAAGCGACGCCCUCCCCAGCGCCCACGGCACGCCGAGCUCCGCCAGCGCGCUGCCCGAGCCCAAGGUGCGGAUCGUGGAGUACAGCCCGCCGUCCGCGCCCCGCAGGCCGCCUGUGUACUACAAGUUCGUCGAGAAGUCGGCGGAGGAGCUGGACAACGAGGUGGAGUAUGACAUGGACGAGGAGGACUAUGCCUGGCUGGAGAUCGUCAACGAGAAGCGGAAGGGCGACUGCGUCUCGGCCGUGUCGCAGAGCAUGUUCGAGUUCCUGAUGGACCGCUUCGAGAAGGAGUCCUACUGCGAGAACCAGAAGCAGGGCGAGCAGCAGUGCCUGAUCGACGAGGACGCCGUGUGCUGCAUCUGCAUGGACGGCGAGUGCCAGAACAGCAACGUGAUCCUCUUCUGUGACAUGUGCAACCUGGCCGUGCACCAGGAGUGCUACGGGGUGCCCUACAUCCCUGAGGGCCAGUGGCUCUGCCGCCACUGCCUGCAGUCCCGGGCCCGGCCCGCCGACUGCGUGCUGUGCCCCAACAAGGGCGGUGCCUUCAAAAAGACCGAUGACGACCGCUGGGGCCACGUGGUGUGUGCCCUGUGGAUCCCGGAGGUCGGUUUUGCCAACACGGUGUUCAUUGAGCCCAUUGAUGGGGUGAGGAACAUCCCGCCCGCCCGCUGGAAACUGACCUGCUACCUCUGUAAGCAGAAGGGCGUGGGCGCCUGCAUUCAGUGCCACAAAGCGAACUGCUACACAGCGUUCCACGUGACGUGUGCCCAGAAGGCUGGCUUGUACAUGAAGAUGGAGCCUGUGAAGGAGCUCUCGGGGGGCGGGACCACCUUCUCGGUCAGAAAGACCGCCUACUGUGACGUCCACACGCCUCCAGGUUGCACCCGGAGGCCUCUGAACAUUUACGGCGACGGCGAGGUGAAGAACGGGAUCUGUCGAAAAGAGACCUCUGUCCGGGCAGCCCGGCCCUCGUCGAAGGUGAGGAAGAAAGCGAAAAAGGCGAAGAAAGCCCUGGCCGAGCCCUGCGCGGGCCUCCCGACGGUGUGUGCUCCGUACAUCCCCCCGCAGAGACUGAACAGGAUUGCAAACCAGGUGGCCAUUCAGCGGAAGAAGCAGUUUGUGGAGCGAGCCCACAGCUACUGGCUGCUCAAAAGGCUGUCUAGGAACGGCGCCCCCUUGCUGCGGAGGCUCCAGUCCAGCCUGCAGUCCCAGAGAAGCACGCAGCAGAGAGAAAACGAUGAAGAGAUGAAAGCUGCCAAAGAGAAGCUCAAGUACUGGCAGCGGCUGCGGCACGACCUGGAGCGCGCGCGCCUGCUGAUCGAGCUGCUGCGCAAGCGGGAGAAGCUCAAGCGCGAGCAGGUGAAGGUGGAGCAGCUGGCCAUGGAGCUGCGGCUGACGCCGCUGACCGUGCUGCUGCGCUCCGUGCUGGACCAGCUGCAGGACAAGGACCCUGCGAGGAUCUUCGCCCAGCCCGUGAGUCUGAAGGAGGUGCCAGAUUAUUUGGAUCACAUUAAGCAUCCCAUGGACUUUGCCACAAUGAGGAAACGGUUAGAAGCCCAAGGGUAUCGGAGCCUCCCUGAGUUUGAGGAGGAUUUCAAUCUCAUUGUGGACAACUGCCUGAAGUACAACGCCAAGGACACCGUGUUCUACAGAGCCGCGGUGCGGCUGCGCGAUCAGGGAGGUGCUGUGCUCAGGCAGGCCCGGCGUGAGGUGGACAGCAUCGGCUUGGAGGAGGCCUCAGGGAUGCACCUGCCUGAGCGGCCCGUGGCGGCCCCUCGGCGGCCUUUCUCCUGGGAAGACGUGGACAGGUUGUUGGACCCGGCUAGCAGGGCGCACAUGGGCCUGGAGGAGCAGCUGAGGGAGCUGCUGGACAAGCUUGACCUCACCUGCGCCAUGAAGUCCAGCGGCUCACGGAGCAAACGGGCAAAGCUACUGAAAAAAGAGAUCGCUGCUCUUCGGAACAAGCUGAGCCAGCAGCAGGGUCAGUCCCCACCGGCGGGGCCCGGUGCUGGGAGCUUUGAAGAGGACGGCGCUGCCCCAGGGCUGGAGCCUGGGGAGGAAGGAGAUAAAUCUCCCCCUAAACUUGAACCAUCAGAUGCAUUACCUCUUCCUUCAAACUCGGAGACUAAUUCAGAACCACCAACCCUCAAACCAGUAGAACUCAACCCCGAGCAGAGUAAACUAUUCAAAAGAGUCACAUUUGAUAAUGCCUCACAUAGCACUUGCACUCAGAGCGCACUGGUGAGCGGACACCCUCCAGAGCCCACCCUCGCCAGUAGUGGCGAUGUGCCGGCGGCGGCGGCCUCCGCGGUGGCGGAGCCAUCAAGCGAUGUAAACAGACGCACCUCUGUUCUCUUCUGCAAAUCGAAAAGUGUAAGCCCCCCAAAGUCUGCCAAGAACACUGAAACCCAGCCAACUUCUCCUCAGCUAGGGACCAAAACCUUUUUGUCUGUAGUCCUUCCGAGGUUGGAGACUCUACUGCAGCCAAGGAAAAGGUCGCGGAGCACAUGUGGAGACUCCGAGGUGGAGCAGGAGUCCCCGGGAAAGCGCCUGGACACAGGUCUCACCAAUGGCUUUGGGGGCGCGAGGAGUGAGCAGGAGCCGGGCAGCGGCCCAGGCAGGAAAGCCGCUCCCCGGCGCCGCUGUGCUUCUGAGUCCAGCAUCUCCUCCAGCAGCAGCCCGCUCUGCGAAACAAGUUUCAGUGUGCCCAAGUGCGGGCGCGGCAAGCCUGCCCUGGUGCGCAGGCACACGUUGGAGGACCGCAGCGAGCUGAUCUCCUGCAUUGAGAACGGCAAUUACGCCAAGGCGGCCCGGAUCGCAGCCGAAGUGGGCCAGAACAGCAUGUGGAUUUCCACCGAGGCCGCGGCCUCCGUCCUGGAGCCCCUGAAGGUGGUGUGGGCCAAGUGCAGCGGCUACCCCUCCUACCCGGCACUGAUCAUUGACCCCAAGAUGCCGCGAGUGCCUGGCCACCACAACGGCGUCACCAUCCCGGCGCCGCCCCUGGACGUGCUGAGGAUCGGCGAGCACAUGCAGACCAAGUCGGAUGAGAAGUUGUUUCUGGUUCUGUUUUUUGAUAACAAGAGGAGUUGGCAGUGGCUUCCUAAAUCCAAAAUGGUUCCCCUGGGGAUUGACGAGACGAUAGACAAGCUGAAGAUGAUGGAAGGGAGGAACUCGAGUAUCCGCAAGGCGGUGCGCAUCGCCUUUGACCGGGCCAUGAACCACCUGAGCCGCGUGCACGGGGAGCCGGCCAGCGACCUCAGCGACAUCGACUGAGCCCGGGACGGCCACAGCCCUUGUCCAUAGUGUUGAUAAGCUGUACAUACUGUAUAUUGUUUAAAACUUAACUUAUUCUGAUUUUUAGUCCUAGUUCUUGAAUUCUUUUCCCCAGGGAGGGGAGGUUUUGGUUCCGAGUUUUGUACCUCCAUCUCGGCCGCCGGGCGGGGCGGGGCGGGGCGUUGCCCGCCGCGCGCUGCCGCGGCCUCGCUUCCUUUGAUCUGUAGCUUUUUUUAACAGAGACUUUUGAAUGUUUAAUAAUUUUGUAAAUCUUACUCUUUACACAGAGUACCACUUAUUUAAUAAGACGGGGUGUAAAUUUACAGUGACAAAUGUGUAUUUUAGGAGAGAAAAUGACAUUAUUUUGAAUGGUACUUUGUGGAAAGAGGAGCGGCGGGUGCCCAGCAGACGCACUCGGCGCCCGUGCAGCCCGCCGUCCGGCUGCCCCAGGCUCCCCCGCCCCACCCGGCGGCUUAUUUAUUGUAGAAACUGUAUCCAUUUGCUUUAUAAUGAAAAAUAAAUUUGCAAAGGUAUAUUGAAUAUGCAUUUUAUACAGGCACAUACAGAUUCGAGUUGGUGGCGUGGCUGUAAAUGACCCUGGCCUAUGUGUGCUUUGAUUUUGUAACCUGUAAUCUUUUGUUUACAAGGAGGGGCUUUCUGUAACCGUUUUAAUUUAGAACACUUUGGUAGCAAUAGAAACUUUGGAUACAUUUUUGUAUGGUACAUGUGAUGUAUAUAGAAUUAGUACUUUAUUUUUAUUUUUAAGAGGUAAAGCAUUAUGUUAGGGGGGAAAGUAGGGUGGGUUUCCAAAUUUGCAUUUUUUAUAUUAAAAAUAAAGUCACGAUUUGGACGGUG